CCGGCGUGGGUGGGUGGGGAGUGGCGCUACCAAGAUGGCGGUGCAGGCUGUGCACCUAGAGGCGGACGCCUUCCUGGUCUGCCUCAACCACGCGCUGAGCACCGAGAAGGAGGAGGUCAUGGGGCUGUGCAUCGGGGAGGUACCGGCUGGGCCGCGGGCAGGCGGGCUCCCAGAGCCGGGGCGCUGGGUUGACACCAGCAGAAUUGUUCAUAUUCAUUCUGUGAUCAUCCUGCGACGUUCAGAUAAGAGGAAGGAUCGAGUCGAGAUUUCUCCGGAGCAGCUUUCAGCUGCUUCUACUGAAGCAGAGAGAUUGGCUGAGAUUACAGGACGUUCCAUGAGGGUUGUGGGCUGGUAUCAUUCUCAUCCACACAUAACUGUCUGGCCGUCUCAUGUGGAUGUUCGCACUCAAGCCAUGUAUCAGAUGAUGGACCAGGGCUUUGUGGGGCUCAUCUUCUCCUGUUUCAUUGAGGACAAGAACACAAAGACAGGCCGGAUACUCUACACCUGUUUCCAGUCAAUUCAGGCUCAGAAGAGCUCAGAGUAUGAGAGGAUUGAAAUUCCUAUUCAUGUUGUUCCCCAUGACACCAUUGGCAAAGUGUGCCUGGAAUCGGCGGUGGAGCUGCCCAAGAUCUUGUGCCAGGAGGAGCAAGAUGCAUACAGGAGAAUUCACAGCCUCACCCAUCUAGACUCUGUAACCAAGAUUCACAAUGGCUCAGUGUUCACCAAGAAUCUCUGCAGCCAAAUGUCUGCUAUCAGUGGUCCCCUCCUACAGUGGCUGGAGGACAGACUGGAGCAGAACAAACAGCGGGUGCAGGAACUGCAGCGAGAGAAAGAAGAGCUCAUGAAAGAACUAGCUGCCCUGGAGUGAAGAGGCAACCCCAGACCCUUUUAAAAAAAAAGUAGUAGUCAAUAGGCUUGGACAAGAGUGACGUGGCUGACGUGUGGUCUGUCUUGCCUUUCUCUGAAGAUGCUAGUUGUUCCUCAUCUCGCUUCAUGUGACAGCUCCAAGAACACUUCCACAAGACAACCAAGGGCUCAUAUCUGUCUCCAACUAGAUGGAAAGCCUUGUGCUGCCUGUGUGAAAAGUCCGCUCUCUGAGUGCACAGAGGAGCAAUCCAGCACCACCCUAACCAGGGUGAUACAGCAGCAUGCUCUUGGGAAGAGAGCAUAGCUCUAGGAGGGGGAUACCUAGUACAUUUAUUUGGUUCCCUUCUCCCCUGUUAUUCAACACAAAUCUUUUUCCCUUUUAUAUAUAUUGCUGGGAGCCUGGAACCAGAGAAUCAUGGAUGGGGUAACAGCUGCACUUCUACAGUGAUCAUGACUUCUCUGUUGUAGCAAAUAAAUGAAGCAACUCACUAGUCAUGGUCAGAGAAGGGUGAGGGAGGUGGUGCUAUGCCAUUGACAUUGCCAAUUUUGCAUCCUUUUGGUAGCUCCAGUUGACAGGUAGUGGCUUGAUGUCCAGUAACUUUCUGGAUUACUGAUUGCCUGCUCUUGCACAUGUGCUAGGGUGGGGGUAGAUGCGGCCAAGAUGAGCGGGGGCUUAAGGUUUAUGCCUUCUGUAUUUCAAACCAAAUAAAGAAACCCAAAGUGAGGGCAGUUUGAGAGUGGAAAUGAGUUGGAAGCUGCACCAAACACAGUGCGAGUGCUGCAGUUUGAGUGUUCUGUUUCCUGUUUCCUUCAGGGUCUCUCACUAUAGUUGUACACUGGUCACUGAGCUGCUUCCCACUGCUGAACUGGACUGGAUGGGUGACAUUGUUUUACAGAGAGGAGUAUGUGGGGGGAGAGUAGCUGUGACAGAUAAUGAAAACUUCUUCUUGUGUCCUGAGCUCCAUUGCAAAGGUUUGUUUGCAGUAGUUUGCAGUUAUUUUCAACUUCAACAUUAAAUUAUCCUUUGCGUUUUCCUCCUUA